CUGUUCAAUACGUGCAACACGAGUACAUUGUGAGCCAACCCUACCGGCCCUGGACUCUGGACUCCAGCGACAGUCCUUCAGAGGGUCUCAUGAUUGACGGCGGAGACGAAGAACUACUCAUUUUAGAUAACUCUAGACUCGUCUUCGAUGAGGACUAUAGUGAACCCGACUUAUGUCGAUGUGAUAACUGUGCCAAACGGCACCUACACUCCACUCAUCAUAAUAAUGAGAUCGCAAUGAUAAGUAACGGCAAUAUUAUGGACCACAUCCAUGAGUGGACACCACAUAAGCCGUCGGAAACUUCGUUGGAGUCCUCCUCUAGUGUUCCCUACAAACAGCUUAACGGACAGACGGGUCACGAGGCAGACCACCACAACCACCACAACCACCACAACCACAACCGCCUCCACAAUCAUCACCACAAUGGACACACCAGUGACCACAAUGAGCACCAGUUACCAUCGCCUGACCAUAACUGGCCCACACAUUGUCACUCCACCCAAAGUGAUGCCAGACAUACCCGAGCCCUGUCUAAAGCGAACCGGCAGUUGAUUAUCGGUUGUCUAUUAUGUCUGGUGUUUAUGAUCACAGAAUUUGUGGGAGGAUUCUACUCCAACAGCUUAGCCAUUAUGACCGACGCGGCUCAUCUGCUAUCAGAUUUGGCGAGUUUUAUGUUGAGUUUGAUGGCCAUAUGGAUAAGCCGUCGGAAACCCACAAAACGCAUGUCCUUUGGCUACCACAGGGCGGAGGUGUUGGGCGCCGUCACCAGUAUUUUGAUGAUUUGGAUUCUGACGGCAGUUCUCGUCUACUUAGCCGUCGAACGCAUUCGAGACGCCGACUAUGAGAUCGACUCCAACGCUAUGCUUAUAGUGUCGGGCGUUGGAGUCGUCAUGAAUGUGGUGAUGGGUCUGACCCUAUCGGACAGCCUGUGCUGCAAACGGGUUACCGAUGACAGCCACGGGUCGGACGAUCACCCGCACAGUCAUAAUAGUCACAGUCAUUCCCACGCAAGUCAUGGCCACUCACACACUAAUAUGAAUGUCAGAGCGGCUCUAAUCCAUGUGAUCGGAGAUCUGAUCCAAAGUAUUGGUGUAUUAAUAGCGGCGCUAAUCAUCCACUUUAGACCGGAUUACAAGAUAUCUGAUCCCAUUUGUACAUUCAUUUUCAGCGCAUUAGUAAUGUUCACCACAUAUGGUAUUAUGAAGGAAGCCGUGUAUGUACUGAUGGAAGGCUUUCCCACUUAUCUGGACUACUCGGCCGUCAAGAAGGACCUGAUGGACAUCGAAGGCGUACAGACUGUCCACAGCCUUCACAUCUGGUCGUUGACUCUGAACCGAAACGCACUGUCCGUUCAUUUGGCCACAAAUGUCACAUCAGAUGCCGAGCGCGUGCUUAAGGCGGCGGAGGCUCUGAUCCGCAAGAAGUAUGACAUCCAGGAGACCACUAUUCAGGUCGAGAGAUACGACGCCCGGGCUAUGGAUGAGUGUCUCGUAUGUGUCGGUCCUUAACAUGCGUUUCAAUAGUCGGUUGUCUUUUAAUUUAAUAAAAGUUUUAAUUUGUGAUUCAUUUUCCAAAGUUAUGAUCAUUUUAUUGUGAAAUUCAGUUGUCUUAAUAAUGAACUGAAUUUUAUAUGUUCCAUAAAUGC